AAACGACGUAAAACGAAUAGCCUAAUACUGCCAUCUUGCUGCUGGUUGGGCUACUAUUAUUACUGAUUUAUAAACAAUCUAUAGUCCAUAAACUACUUAUGAAUCCUUUGUCUUUUAAACUUUUAACGUUAUAUUGUUUGGUUACAAACUAUAUAAAAACGUGAUGCCAUUCUGCAUCCAUAGCUUCUUCCAGUUUCUUCCAGUUACGAAUUUGAGUGUAACGUUAGUAGGCUAGGCUACAUUUAUCCAGCCCUACAGCAAACCAAGUGGUGGGUCUUUCGGCGAAAACAUAAAUUAAGGAUUGUGCCUUUAUUGUGACAGACCGUUUCAUGGUGAUCGGAGAUAAAUAGCAUAGUAGCCUAUAGUUGGUGUGGGGUCUAGUUCACCAUGUGCUCAUGGCAACACUGUAUCAAUAAUGCAAACUUCUAAAUAAAGGUUACUCACGCAGGUAAAACAAGCGGACCUGACACGUCGAGUGUGUCUAGGAGCACUGACUGAGCGCAACCACGAUGGCAAAGUUCCUGACUCAAGACCAAAUAAAUGAAUUCAAGGAAUGCUUUUCACUCUAUGACAAGAAGCACAAGGGUAAAAUUGAGGCCAAGGACCUGAUUAUAGUCAUGCGCUGCUUGGGGGUCAGCCCCACUUUCAUUGAGGUGGACAGACACCUGCAAAUCUCCAAGAUUGAUAAGUGCGGAGAGCUGGACUUCUCCACCUUCCUGACCAUGAUGCACCAGCAGAUCCAGCAGGAGGACCCCAGAGCAGAGAUUCUGGAGGCCAUGAGGAUGACGGACAAGCAGAAGAAGGGCUACAUCCUGUCCUCGGAGCUCCGGGCCAAGCUCACCGGGCUGGGAGAGAAGCUCACUGAUAAAGAAGUUGACGAGCUGCUGAAAGAGACUGGCGUGGGACCAGACGGAUGUGUCCACUACGAGGAGUUUGCCAAAACAAUGACCCUUCCUUCUACAAACUGCUGAGCAGCCAUCAGGCCGAACACGAUCAUACUGUACCACAAAAGUGCACUGAUUCAAAGCAUCUGCAUGCGGGCUGCCCACUAACAACAUGUUGAGAUGAGAAGUUAUUUUUUUCUUUAUUAGCUUUGAGGUAUGUGUUUCUAUUGUUAUUACGUUUUCCAUGAUAUAGAUUUGUAUGUUGAAGGAAGUAAUGGUGUGCCUGGUUGAAACGUCUGCUCUUUAAAUAUUUAGCUAAUACUAACUGGCAUUGUUAUAGGUUAUCACUUUUACCAAGUAAUCAUUAAAAAGCCCACUGACAUCACAAAGUAAUGACAUUGUUCUUAUUGAUACAAGAGCAACUUGAUUUCUUGAUAAUAAAUGGACCAAUCAUUUUGGGUCCAAAUUUGCUGUAAAAUUGUUUUUAUGUAAAUGUGAAUACGCUUUGUAGGUUUGGAUCAAACAAUCUCUCAUGGAGAAAAUUUGUAAACCAGUGGUAGUUUAUGUGGUGUGGCAAAAUGAAUACGCCUUUUCUGGGGCCUGGAGUUUUUCCUGAUCUCAUGUCCUGGUCAGCUAAAACUCUGGGUCCUAUUCGUAGGAUAUGACAAAAUAGCAUUAUUAUAGAUAGCUUCCCUUUUCGUCUGUGCUAUGACUAUAGGGCUAGGUUUGUUCUUGUCAGGUCAUGUGAAUUGGAAACACUCCUGGCCUAAAGUGGACCCUUCAAACUACCACAAAUCUUAUUAUUCAUUCCGAAUCUGAUAUCAAAAGAGCCAGAGACUACAACUUUAAUGGACAACAUACUCUGUAGUUUAGUGAACUAUUA